GCCUGUGAUUUCUGUACUGGGAGGAAACUGAAAGCCUUCAAGUCCUGUCUGGUGUGUCUGGUCUCUUACUGUGAGAAACACCUCCAGCCUCAUUACGAUGUAGCUAAAUUAAAGAAACACAAGCUGGUGGAGCCCUCCGAGAAACUCCAGGAGAACAUCUGCUCUCGUCACGAUGAGGUGAUGAAGAUGUUCUGUCGUACUGAUCAGCAGUGUAUCUGUUAUCUCUGCUCUGUGGAUGAACAUAAAGGCCACGACACCGUCUCAGCUGCAGCAGAAAGGACUGAGAGGCAGAGAGAGCUGGAGGUGAGUCGACUCAACAUCCAGCAGAGGAUCCAGGACAGAGAGAAAGAUGUGAAGCUGCUCCAACAGGAGGUGGAGGCUGUCAAUCGCUCUGCUGAUAAAGCAGUGGAGGACAGUGAGAAGAUCUUCACCGAGCUGAUCCGUCUCAUGGAGAAAAGAAGCUGUGAUGUGAAGCAGCAGGUCAGAUCCCAGCAGAAAACCCAAGUGAGUCGAGUCAAAGAGCUUCAGGAGAAGCUGGAGCAGGAGAUCACUGAGCUGAAGAAGAGAGAUGCUGAGAUGAAGCUGCUCUCACACACAGAGGAUCUCAACCAGUUUCUACUCAACUACCCCUCACUGUCUCCACUCACUGAAUCUACAUCCAGCAUCAAUAUCCGUCCUCUGAGCUACUUUGAGGACGUGACGGCGGCUGUGUCAGAAGUCAGAGAUAAACUACAGGACGUUCUGAGAGAGAAAUGGACAAACAUCUCUUUGAAGACGGGUGUAACCAACAUGGUGGUGAAGUGCAAGAGCUGA